CGUAGCCCGCCUCUGGGUCCCGCCCGGUUCCCCCCAGCUGUAGCAGAGGCGGCGGCAGCGGUGGCGACAUGAGCAGCGGGGCGGCGUCCAGGACUGGGCGGGGGCGGCCCAGGGGCGGGGGACCUGGACCCGGGGACCCCCCGCCCAGCGAGACUCACAAGCUGGUGGUCGUGGGCGGCGGCGGCGUGGGCAAGAGCGCGCUGACUAUCCAGUUCAUCCAGUCCUACUUUGUGUCUGACUACGACCCCACCAUCGAGGACUCCUACACGAAGAUCUGCACUGUGGAUGGCACCCCAGCCCGGCUGGACAUCCUGGACACCGCAGGCCAGGAGGAGUUCGGGGCCAUGCGGGAGCAGUACAUGCGUGCAGGCCAUGGUUUCCUGCUGGUGUUCGCCAUUAACGACCGGCAGAGCUUCAACGAGGUGGGCAAGCUUUUCACGCAGAUCCUCCGAGUCAAGGACCGCGACGACUUCCCUGUCGUGCUGGUUGGGAACAAGGCAGAUCUGGAGACGCAGCGGCAGGUCCCACGAUCUGAAGCCUCCAGCUUUGGUGCCUCCCAUCAUGUGGCCUACUUUGAAGCCUCAGCCAAACUGCGGCUCAACGUGGACGAGGCCUUCGAGCAGCUGGUGCGGGCUGUCCGGAAGUACCAGGAACAAGAGCUCCCACCCAGCCCACCCACUGCCCCCAGGAAGAAGGAUGGGGGCUGCCCCUGCGUCCUGCUGUAGCCCAGAGAAGUGACCAGCACAAACUGGGGGGACCAGCUGCCUCGCACCCUGCCAUGUAGCCUGAGGCCCCAGCAGUUUCCUUUUCUGGGUCUCCCAGGACACACUACCCUCACCCUGACUUGCUGGCCUCCUCUGGGCCAUGCCGCUGUGUGCCUUCAGCCAACACCUCCUUUCCCCACCUAAGCCUCUGGUGGUGAGGGGGGUCCCAGGUCACUGCUGUACAUAACUCCCUUCCCUCAGAAAAAUAAACAUCACUGCCAAC